GUUUCAGUGAACAAACAACGAGAGUGACUCUCGAUUAGUAAGCUGAAAGAAGAUAAAAUGAUCACACAAACUUUAUCCGUACUUAUCCUAUUCCUCCUGAAGCAAGAAGCCACCUACGCUACGAUGUGGCCGAUACAAGGACGUUCAGAGCUCAACCUGUACUUGCAAGGAUUCACCCUUGAAUCUUUACAGGUGGACACAAUCUUUGAAUGUUACAGAAAGUGUGAAGACAACAAACGUUGUGCAAGCAUCAACAUCAACCUGACGAACAAGACAUGUGAACUGAAGUACUCUACCAAGACCACACACCCAGAAAAGAUCGUAACCAGCAAAAUACCAUUUACAUGGAAAUACGAGAGCAUAAAGAGCCGGGAUCGGGACCUGAUAACCCCAUUACAAAUUGCAAGAGCCUGAAGGAGAGUGACAGCCAGGCAAAGUCAGGUGUUUACUGGAUGAAGUUCAAUGAGACAUCCUCUGCGCCAUUCCAAGUGUUUUGUGACAUGACCACCGAUGGAGGAGGCUGGACCCUUGUCUACAGCUAUACCUUUACUAAGUAUGAUUACUUUUCUCAUUCUGAUAACGCAGUUACCCCAAUACCAACCUGGCCGCUCGACUUUUCUGCUUACAGAUUCGUACCACGGUCUAACACCACCCCAAUCAAUGAAUCAUCCCAUUCGGCCAUAGAUUUCGCGCUAUGGAAAAAGAUCGGUAGUGAGUUUCUUAUCGCUCCAAACAUCAUCAACUGGUAUGCUUGCAAGGAGGGAACUGGAAGUUUCGUUAACUGGCAGCCCGGAACUUUGACUUGCCGAGAGGUAAAAAAUUUAAUUCCACCGCGUAGUCCAAAUUGUGCACUGAGAGCUCCAAAUUCAAUAUCUUUGAGUGCUUGUGGAGUUUUAAUGAAAUCUUCUAGCAGUUCUAAAAUGAUCAAUCUAAACGGUCGUGUUGAUGGCUGUUAUCCCGUUCACGAUAGCUGUGGUACGGGUACAACAACGACUGAUCACUUGAGAAAUAUUCCUAACCCAGGAGGUAAACUGUACAUUCGUUAAAGUACGUUAACUGCUGCACAAAAUCUAAAAUUUCCAAGUAUAGGAAACUCACGCACAGAGCUGCAAAUCACUGCAUGCCUUCUUCGAGUUAAGUUAAGUUAAUACUUAACUUACAGACAUAUUAAUGCUAGGGAUUUUAAGUUUAAAGGCCGGGACGGAAUGACAGUAGACUGACAAGAGCAAGAGGAGAAAGGAGGAGAAAUAAAUCGAUAGAUACAAGAGGAAGAACCUUCAAUAAGACAAAGAUGAAAAAGAUGAAGUCGACGAGUGAGCCAAACCUAAUCAAAUGCAUUAGCAGCUAAAUUGAGUAACAACUAACAAAGUUAUUGAACGUUUGAGAGAACUUGUUACACCUUGUGAAACUAAACUUUUGAAAAUAUAA